GAGAGUUUUGAAAUCACUUGGGCUAUGUCCUGCUCGGCGUUGCGUUGGGAAGAAAACUCGCGCUUGGGCACAGUUUUUCUCAAAUCACCGCCGUGUCUAGCGCGUUAGUUCUCGGUGGCGUUUUUCUUUUUUUGCUUUUUAAGCCACCUUUCCCCAACGCAAUGGCCCUGACUGGGAAAGACUCGUGACUUGGGACUUCCUCUGAUCCCCCGUUUGGAGAGUAAAAGAAACAAUUAGCUAACAGAAGCUACAGGGGUGGUUCGAACGGUUACUCUAACGGCGGCGGUGGCGGCGGUGGCGGCGGUUACGGAGGUGGUGGCUAUGGCGGAGGCUACGGAGGAGGUGGUUACGGUGGUGGUUACGGUGGAAGAGGCGGCGGUGGUGCUGGUGCUGGUGGUGACCGCAUGUCCAACCUUGGCUCCGGCCUCAAGAAGCAGGACUUUGACAUGGACUCCCUCCCCAAGUUUGAGAAGGCCUUCUACAAGGAGCACCCCGACGUCACCAACCGCUCCCAGCAAGAAGUUGAUGACUUCCGCAAGAAGCACGAGAUGGCCGUUCAGGGCAAGGACAUUCCUCGCCCCGUUGAGACCUUCGAUGAGGCCGGCUUCCCUCAGUAUGUUUUGACCGAAGUCAAGGCUCAGGGAUUUGAACGCCCAACUUCCAUCCAGUCCCAGGGCUGGCCCAUGGCUCUCUCCGGUCGCGACGUCGUUGGUAUCGCUGAAACCGGUUCUGGAAAGACCCUGAGUUACUGUCUUCCGGCUAUCGUUCACAUCAACGCUCAGCCUCUUCUUGCUCCUGGUGACGGUCCUAUUGUUCUUGUCCUUGCUCCCACUCGUGAACUUGCCGUUCAGAUUCAAGCCGAAAUCACCAAGUUCGGAAAGUCAUCGCGUAUCCGCAACACCUGUAUCUACGGUGGUGUUCCCAAGGGUCCUCAGAUCCGUGACUUGAGCCGUGGUGUUGAAGUUUGCAUUGCGACCCCCGGUCGUCUGAUCGACAUGCUAGAGGCCGGCCGGACCAACCUCCACCGUGUCACGUACCUUGUUCUCGAUGAGGCUGAUCGCAUGCUGGACAUGGGUUUCGAGCCUCAGAUCCGCAAGAUCAUCUCCCAGAUCCGUCCCGACAGACAGACUUGCAUGUGGUCCGCUACUUGGCCCAAGGAGGUCCGCCAGCUUGCCUCGGACUUCCUGAACGACUACAUUCAGGUUAACGUCGGUUCGAUGGACCUUUCUGCUAACCACAGAAUUACUCAAAUCGUUGAGGUCGUUUCGGACUUUGAGAAGCGUGACAGAAUGCUUAAGCACCUUGAGAAGAUCAUGGAAACCCGAACCAAUAAGAUCCUCCUUUUCACGGCAACCAAGCGUGUUGCAGACGAGAUCACUCGCUUCCUCCGUCAGGAUGGAUGGCCCGCGCUCUCCAUUCACGGUGACAAGCAGCAGCAAGAAAGAGAUUGGGUUCUGAACGAGUUCAAGGCGGGCAAGAGCCCGAUCAUGGUGGCUACUGAUGUGGCUUCCCGUGGUAUUGGUAUGAUAAAUUUGCGAUCCAAACCCCCUCCCCUCCCCCGCCCCCACAGUCCUUUCUUUUUGUCACCCUCACCUAUAAUUGAGGUUGUGUGACAACGGCAAGGUGCUCAACUCUUUUUAAGACGCCAUGUUGGUGUACUUGACUCGUCCAGGCUUGUCGGGUCU